UGUCCGCCGAGCGACUGUUCCACUGACACUUAGCUUCUUGUACGUCGAGUAGUAGUGAUCGAGUUUUAGUGAGUGCAACGAGUAGCAGCAGCCCGACUGUUUAUUGUGUUUUUCGUUAUCGUCGCAAAGUUUUGGCCUACGAAACCGACGUUAGAAAAGUCGUCGGACAAAUUAAGAUAAAUGAUUUACGGAAAAAUGGAGGAAAGCACGCGAAGAAACGCAGCCUCGGUCUCGCCAAAGUCGAGCCAGCCGACGCCGUUCAGCAUAGCCGAUAUACUGAAUCGCCGCAGCUCCUCGCCGGAAGUGACUCAGGAGGCGAUAAUCGACGCGGAGAAGCACAAGUUCGACAGAUUUCUCCAGAAGAGCAAGCAAGUCCUGUUGGAGAGCUACCGAGCCGAGCACGAGGCGCGUCUCAGCCAAUUCUUGCGUCUGCCCGCGUCCAGCGACAUGAGCAUGGUCAAAGAGAUCGACCUGCUGCACAGCAAACUCGUGCAAGCGAACCUCGCGAGUUUGUCGGGCUUGCCACAGAUCGAUCAUCAGGUCGCUUACAAGCCCUUGGACGAUUUCGCCGCGAGUUACCAUCAUCAGCAUCAUCAUCAUCACAGAACAGCCAAGGAGCUGAAGAUGCAUCAACAGCAGCAGCAGCAACGCUAUCACCAGGACGAGGCGCUGGACAUGAGCAAAAGUAAAUACCUUGGUGAAAUGGACGAGGAGAUGUACGAGACGCAGUGCCACCCGGGUCAGCAGUCCGGGUCCGGCAGAAAAAAGCGCAGCAGAGCGGCUUUCUCGCACGCGCAGGUUUACGAGCUCGAGAGGCGAUUCGCGGCGCAAAAAUACCUCUCCGGCCCGGAGAGGGCGGAUUUGGCAAGAGGCCUCAAACUCACCGAGACACAAGUCAAGAUUUGGUUUCAAAAUAGACGAUACAAGACGAAGCGACGCCAGCAGCAGGAGCUCGGGGCGCUGGUAAACUCGAGCGGCUCCCCCAGACGCGUCGCCGUGCGAGUCCUCGUUCAUCCGGACGAGCAGUUGGCGCAAGCUCGGGCGGCGAGUGGCCAACAUCAACACCAGCAACAGUCGCAUCAGCAGCAGCAGCAUCAUCAUCUGGGGCCUGCGGGUAAAGCCCUCGGCUUUCCGUACUACUGCCUGCCGUAUCACCCACUGCUCUGUUCGAGCGGCGCUGCGCCGACUGGUCUGCCAAUACCCACACUCGACGACUCGGCACCAAAGAUCGAACCGGACAAAAUUUGAAACAUCCAGAGCCACCGAGGCGCUCUAGACUAACUUCUCAUUACGCAUUG